GGCUCACGCCCUCUUGUGCUGACGGAGUGGCCUUUGUUCGGGUCCACUUCCCAGUCACUCAGAUUAUCGUUCAGUUCAAAGGAAGUGCUUCCUGUUGGAGUGUAAUCACAUCCCGGGGGGGGGAGAGGGAGGAGGAGCACUCGGGCCUCACAGCCUCACUGACCACCCGCAGCCUGGCUCCGGCCAGGACACUCCGGCCACAGUGCAGCCAACCCGGGGGCUGUCCCUACAAUGGGGAAGAGGACCCAGACCUGCGCACAGCUGCUCUAGAGGGGAGAGAGAGGAGUCACAACUCAACCCGAGGAAGAAUAGCUCCUCCAAAGGCAAGAGAGAGCCUUAUCAAGACUUCACGAAUACUGCAUUUUAACAAGCUGAAAACAGGGAUGCGAUUGGGGAAAGAGAAUAAAAGAUAGGAUCAUGAACUAAACUGUGUGAGGCUACAGGACAUAAAACAUCAAUCGGGUGCUGGAGGACAGAUCAGAGAAAAUUUUACCAUGGCUUAAGAUAUCCUCAUAAUCCCGAUUCUUCAGCUAUUCUUGGCAGAAGUGGCAGGAACACAGCCCUAACUUCAAUAGCCUCUCUCCAUAACUUGGACAGAUCUGAGGCAGGUUCAAGGAAGAAUGAGCCUUUUACCUCUGCAACACAUCCACCAGAGCAAAGAAUAGCUGCUCAAAGACUAUCGACACGCAAGGCUCUGCCUCAGCUAAAGAACUCGCAAGUAAACCCUCGAGCCCAAAGCCAUGCCCGAGGAGAAGAGCUCGGCUGAGAAUUGCCCCAAGAAGAAGCUUCCCAUCAAGACCCUGAAACACAGAUCAAAAGGUGAUCAAAAUGGAACCAGGGACUUCGAGGAAACGCACAUGUUUCCCUGUAAAAACUGUGAGCGCAGAUUUACCACAAAGCAGGGGCUGGAGCGGCACCAGCACAUCCACAUAUCGACAGAAGGCUUCACGUUCAAGUGCAAAUACUGCGGCAAAGCCUUUGGCACCCACAUUAACAUGAGACGGCAUGAGAGGCGACACGAGGCUGCGCCGAAGAAAAAAAACAUCGUGAAGGGGAGCCCUGCUCUACAGAUUCCAAACGAGGACUUCGAGUUUGACCAGCGAGCAAUUGACAUCAGUGUCAACAACUCGAUGAGGCUCGAAAGGCCUGUGACCCUGGAGGAUGGCAAGAUAAGUGUGGCCAAGGACUCCAACCUGGAACCUUCCAGUGCAAGAGCUUGUGAACCCAAACUGCAGCACCCGUGCAGACUGUGCAAAAAGACUUUUGGUUCAUACACCAACCUGCGGCGGCACCAAAGGCGUAUCCACGAGCGCCCACUGCUGGCCAAAGGUAUUCGGGUUAGGAGGAAAGGUUUGGGGGACGAAUCAAAUCUAGUGUCAGAGCAAAGCCUGGCUUCUGCCGGGAAUCGUACAACACGCACAGAAAUGGAAGAGGAAGAGGAGGUGGAGGAGGAGGAAGAAGAGAGUGAUGAAAGCCAAGCAUACAUCAUGGACGUUUCCAGCAACAUCUCUGAAAACCUAAACUUCUACAUCGAUGGCAAAAUCGAAUCAAACAGCAACACCAGCAACUGUGAGGUGAUCGAGCUUGACACGACGUGCACAAACCCAUACGGACUGGCCUCUGUGUUGUAUGCGGUAACCGAUGAAUCUCCUCAGAACCUGAAGAUCACCGCCCAAGUUGCAGCCAAUCAUUCGCAUCUCAAGGAGCCAUCAGACAGGGAACUGAAAGGUCCUAAAAGGAGACGGACCAUUAGCCCACUUCCAUUUGGAAAAGCCAAACCCGACCUGGGCGUGGAAACCAUCUCCUCGGCUGUCUCCUCACUGUGUCCUUUGCCCCUUCCUGCUCAGACCACCAACGCUUUGACUGGACCCCUAGAAAAAAACACUUUCUUAACCUCCAAGCUUAAGCAGCUUCUUCAGAUCCAGGACGGCAACACACCACGGGCAGUGUCGGGGGAGAGCUUGGCGAUAGUCACUCCCUCAACCUCGACCGGGGCAGCUAUGGGCUUCAGCCGCUUCAAGAGGAGAACCAGCUCCCCGCCAAACUCCCCCCAGCACAGUCCAGCUCUCAGCGGCACAGGGAAGGACGCUGAAUUCAUCCGGUUAUGGAGCGAGAGUUUACCGGGGCUGAAAGUACCAAAAAUUGAGAGCCAGAAUAGUUCCCCGGCCUGGAGCUUGUCCAGUCGGGAGGAGGCUCUCAGCCCGCUCAGCGUUGAUAACGCAGGUAAAAUAACGGGGUCUAAAGAGUGCCAGACGAGCCAACUGGUGAUCAAUCUCUGCAGCCAACAACCCCUGGACCUGUCAAGUGGCAAAGUGCAAACUGAUGUGAAGACAGAGAGCAGUGGGUCGGGAGUGGCCAUCUUGGAUUUAAGUUUGCACAAGAAGCCGUGCAGUGAAGGGGAUGUCAAAGAGGAAACGGGGAUUGCUGGCCCACACGUUAUGUGCGGCAAGAAGAAGAGAAAACCCACCACCUCUAUGUUGGAGAAGGUGCUUCUAAACGAGUACAAUGGUACCGAUCUGUCGGUGGCAGACAGGCAAGAGCCAGAGGGGAGCCCGAAGGCGUGCCUAGGGGCGGAGGCCCCACUUCAGGCCACUUCUGAGUCAGCCCCCGCAGAGCCUUUCAUCACCAGCCCGGUCCCUUCCCCCCUGCCCCCUGUUCUCUCCGUGCCUUCGCCCCUCCCGCAGUCCAGCACCUCCGUCCUGCAGGCGGUCACUCCAGCUCUGUCACCCGUCAGCGUCCACAUCAAAGAGGAGAUUAGAGACAGCGACUAUCCAGAUUCAGACAGUGAGCAGGAGGCCAGCCAUGCCCUGCCACCCACCAUCGAGCCAGAGAUCCCCCAGGAAUCACCAGCUGAAUACUGCCCCGAGGAGCAGGAGGGGGCGGAGGAGGAUUGUCAGACCUCGCCGGGAGAUCACGAGAAGACAGAGCUCGCGUUCACUAAAAACUUCACGUGUAACGUAUGCGAAAUGCCGUUCCUCUCCAUCAAGGACCUCGCCCAACACCUGCACGUCCACGCAGAGCACUGGCCCUUCAAGUGCGAGUUCUGCGUCCAGCUUUUCAAAGAGGCGGACUGUCUGUCGGAGCACCGGUCCUCACUGCACGGGGUGGGCAAGAUCUUUGCCUGCUCGGUGUGCAACAAGGAGUUCGCCUUCCUCUGCAACCUGCAGCACCACCAACGGGACCUGCACCCAGGCAAGGAGUGCACGCACCAGGAGCUUGAAAACGGGAUGCUGAGACCUCAGAAUUUCACAGACCCCAACAAAGCCACCAGCUGCCCCAGCCAGUCCACGGCCCAGCCCGAAAGCUCCAUCCCACCACCUCAGGAGGAGGAUGAUGAUAAUUCCACCGACUUGACUGAGGAGCUUUACACUACAAUAAAGGUCAUGGCGUCUGGGGUGAAGUCGAAAGGGCCGGAUGUCCGUAUGGGUCUCAACCAGCGUUACCCCAGCUUCAAGCCGCCCCCAUUUCAGUACCACAACCGCAAUACCCCCAGCAACGGGUCGUCCGCGGUCAAUUUCACCACCCACAACAUCCCGCAGACCUUCAGCACGGCCAUCCACUGCACCAAGUGCGGAAAGAGCUUUGACAACAUGCCGGCCUUGCACAAGCACAUCCUGGCCUGCGCUUCGGCCAGCGACAAGAGGCGCUACACCCCCAAGAAGAACGCCAUCCCGCUCAAGAAGAAAGUGUGGAAGAAAAAUGGGGCCCUGGGAGGCGAGCCAGCCCGGAACAGCAUCAUGCGGAGGAUGGGGCAGCCCAAGCGGCUGAGCUUCGAUACGGACAGCAAACCCAAAGCCACCAUCAACAAGCUAAAGAUGAACGCUCUGAAAAGGAAGCGGAACAGGCUGGUGCAGAAAGCCAUCGCCCAGAAGAAGCGAGCAUCUGCCAAGAAGAAAGCCAUGUUAAACACCAGAGGAAUGGAAAGCCACCACUGCCCCUACUGUGUGAAGGAAUUCACUUACCUGGGCAGCCUGAACAAACACGUGACCUACAGCUGCCCCAAGAAACCAGUGUCGCCUUCUGCCAAAGGCUCUGGCUCGCACUCUCCAGCCAGCAGUGAGAAGGGGGCAGUCCAGCGGAGGAGGACAGCGGACACGGAGAUCAAGCUGCAGAGCACUCCGAUUCUCUUGGGCAAAAGGCGAGGCAGAAUGCUGGGGACCUUGCAGACUGAAUCGGUUUCCUCAGCACCUCGGUUGCAGCAGAGAAUAAGAUCGCUGCCCCCGAUAAAAUCAAAGAAACCAAACAACUCCUCCGUCACUUCCAGGACCACCAGCCCGGUCAGAUCAGCCAAAGGGUCAGUGGCAGAGAGCAAACGGUUUAAAUCAGAUGCUAGGCAGCGGACUUCCGCCACCUCAACAGGCAUGGCAUCACCCAGGCUGUACCUGCGAAUGAAAAACAAGAAAGUGGUGUGGCAGAGGAAGGCCAACGUCCUGAAGCAAAAGAGACCUGAGAGAUACUCUGGGAGAAGCAAGGAGACCCGGACUGGGGCCAUCACACGCAGUGGGGGCCCCGCAAACACCGAUAGCGAGAUGGAAGAUGAUCAGGAGAACCAAGACUCAUCUUCAGAGGAUGUUCAGGUUUCUCUAGUGAAGAUGGUGAGGUAACAACCUUGUUUUUAUUUCUCUUUAAAUAAACGACCCGAAGUAAGACUUUGAACGAGCCUGCCAUUCAGAUGGUCUGCGAAAGCCCGGGUCAGACAAGAUGGAAAGAAGCCUCAUGAAAUCUUGACGAUCUAAUCGUGUGUGAGUCGUUUUCUUUGGACUUGUAUCCACGGAGUUGAUGCUGGACCUGGCAAGCUUGGCACCUAGAAACGUGCAGCUGACACAUCCUUCACUUGCUCAGGCUCUGAGGUGAAGACAGUAGCCCCUGACUGGGAGCAGAACCCAGCAAGCACUUUGAAACAGAAAAGCAAACGAGCACAGAGAGCAAGCCACCGUGCACCGCUGCGCUCCACUGCAAGCCAGAUCCCAGCUUUGCUCCAACAGACAAGACACAAAACAAACUACCGGAGAGCAGCGCCCGAGAGUUGGCAGGGAAUCGGCCUGCCCGGCGCACGCCUCCCUCCUCUUGUGUGUUUUGUAGAUGGAAAAAAAAUCAAAAAUCCAUUUUGAAUUUUUUUUUCUUAUUUUAAAAUUUGCUAUUUGACGUUUGCGAUUCUUUAAACUCUGGGGGUUCGUGGCUGUGAGGCUCUCCUCUCAACAGCUGUGUAGCCAUCCCCCAGCUCUUCCUUCCUCCACGCUCUUCCACCCCAUGGUAAAGUCAGGCAGUACGUUUUGUACAGCAGAAGCAACUACAGCCAGUAAUCUCGGGUCACUUCACAUCCAACAGUUUUUCUGGGCUUCAGUGGUAAUUUUUUUCCCCCUUUUUUUUCUUGAGGAUAUUUGUCUCGUCCUCUUGAGCUUCUUUCUACUGUAACUUUUGGGAGAAAUUUUAGACACAAAGGGGGGAAGAUUUCACACAACACAUUUCUGUUCUUCUCAACUUAAAUCUACCUCUAAAAUGUUUGUAAUUGAUAAUUUCUUUGGCAAAGUCCACUUUAACUCUGCAGCUGUCCAGACCAUUCCUGUUUCGUUCCAUUACUUGGGGGGGGGGGGACUUUGUUGAAAUAAAUUGUAUGAAGUGUUUGUAGUAAUAAAUAACAUAGGAUAUAUUUAAAAUUAUUUAAAUCGUCUUCUCAGGCAGCACUGUCUGAUGUUUGUGAUUCCUUUAUUGCAUUGUUAAUUUUCAGUUUUUGGUUCAUUUUAAUUUUUGGGAAGUGAGAAUAAAUGUGUAGAAAUGUUUCAGUAA